UAAUGGAUUCAAAUCAUUUAUCCAUCAGCCUGCUAAACGCUCGAGAUUUAAAAUGCGCAAACCUAUCUGAAUAUUAUUUAUGACAUAAGAAUAUAGUUGAAUUUUUAAUUAAUUUAUCAUUAAAUAUGACGGCACAUGCUCAAAAAGAUAAAGAUCAAACUGAAAGUCAGAAGGAGGAAGACACAUAUGGUCCUCAAUUGAUAAAAAAAUUGGAAGCUUUUGGUAUUUCUUCUGGGGAUAUAAAGAAAUUAGAAGAGUCUGGGUUUUAUACUAUCGAAUCGAUUGCAUUUGCUCCUAAAAAACAAAUUUUAACAAUCAAGGGUAUAAGUGAAGCUAAAGCAGAUAAAAUAUUACUAGAAGCAUCAAAAUUAGUCCCUAUGGGAUUUACAACAGCCACUGAAUUUCAUCAAAAAAGAUCUGAAUUAAUUCAAAUUACCACUGGCUCAAAAGAAUUAGACAAACUUUUACAAGGUGGUAUUGAAACUGGUUCUAUAACAGAAAUAUUUGGAGAAUUUCGAACAGGUAAAACCCAAUUAUGCCAUACAUUAUCUGUAACAUGCCAGUUACCAAUUGAUAUGCAAGGAGGUGAAGGAAAGAGCUUAUACAUUGAUACUGAAGGAACAUUUAGGCCAGAGAGAUUAUUAGCUACAGCUGAAAAGUAUGGAUUAUCUGGUCAGGAUGUGCUUGAUAACGUGGCAUAUGCAAGAGCAUAUAACUCUGACCAUCAAACUCAACUGUUGAUUCAGGCUUCUGCUAUGAUGUCCGAAUCAAGGUAUGCGUUAUUGAUAAUCGAUAGUUCAACAUCAUUAUACCGAACGGAUUAUUCUGGAAGAGGAGAAUUAUCCGCUAGACAGAUGCACUUAGCUCGAUUCCUCAGAAUUUUAUUAAGAUUAGCUGACGAAUUUGGAGUAGCAGUAGUAAUAACAAAUCAAGUGGUAGCCCAAGUUGACGGAGCUUCACUUUUUUGCGCGGAUCCCAAAAAACCUGUAGGUGGCAAUAUAAUGGCGCAUGCUUCCACUACUAGGCUCUAUUUAAGAAAAGGAAGAGGCGAUACUCGUAUUUGCAAAAUAUAUGAUUCUCCUUGUUUGCCAGAAUCUGAAGCCAUGUUUGCAAUUCUCCCCGAUGGUAUUGGUGACGUUAAAGAUUGAAUUUUUUAAAAUUAUAUUCUAUUGACCAUUUUUAUAUACCAAUUCCAUGUUUUAUUAAUAAAUAAUAAUAUAUUUCAUAUUUGAUAGAUGUUUUUUUAGAAAGAUAUCAAUCAAUAUUUUAUUAUCACGUAAAGUGCAAAUUGAAAAUUCUUAUAGGAUUUUUUAAACAGCAUUAUAGAAUGGGAAAAUUUUUA